AUGGCCCUUUCUCCCGCCGAAAGAGCAUACAUAUAUGAUUCGUUGGUUUCCCCACAGAUUGCAAGAACAGACUCUAGAAAGCCAACACAGUUUCGUCCGCUAAAGGCCACGUGUUCCUUUUUACCGAACUCAAACGGUUCGUCUCGAAUUUCCACUGUAGAUGGUCUUGAAUGCAUUACAAGUGUGAAAGCAAGUGUGCUACGAACAAACAACAUUGAUGAACUUAUUCAGGUUGAUGUGGAUAUACAAGGCCAAAGAGACGACUCGGAUUUGUGUGUUGGCAUUUCCAGCGUUCUCAGUCGGGCACUAACAAGCAAUAUGGACAGAUCAAAGCUCAGACUCACUGAUAAAUACAGCUUUCAGUUGUUUAUAGACGUGGUGGUAUUGUCCAUACCGGUUGACUUUCAGACUUCUUCAUACACACUUUACUCACUUAUAUCACUUGCAUCGAUGGGUUGCUACCUUGCUCUAAGGUCCACAAAGCUCCCGCUUUUAGUUUCAACUACAAAUGACAAGGAGGUGGAGGAAGAACCAACAUUUUCCGAUGAUUGGGAGUCUUGUGUUGAUCUCAUCCCAAACGACUCUGAUGCACUUCCUACACUCAUGUUUGUCGUUGGCAUUGUGGGAAAUAACGUUAUUGCUGAUCCCUCAUUGGAGGAGCAGCAGGUGGCAGAGUCUGGCAUGUGCAUAGGAUAUAAUAAAGGAAACAUUGCGGCUCCAGUGCAGUCUGUUUCACUUUCAACUGUUGAUGGUAAAGGUUUCAGCGAGAAAGCACUUCUGAGAUCAUUUGAUCUUGUUAGACAGAUGGGUAGUGCAGUGACAAAUGCCCUUGAUACAAUAGCUGCACAGAAUCCCGGCGAAGUUGAAGCUGCGUUUUGA